AUGGAUGCUCAAGCGACUGACCUGUCAGGACAGCAGCAAAUGAACUAAAGCUGGGGGAGCGUGCAGGCUGGUGCUGUGUGGAGCUCUGGGGCAGAAGGCGCUUACCAGGGGUGCCCAGAGCCGGGGUCUGUGAGUCGCGCGCUGGGUCCGGGUCACAGGCGCUGGGUGAACAGAUUGAGAAGACAAAAUGAGGAUGUACUCCUUACAUGCUCACGAAAAGCCUUCUUCCCCUUCGUUGGGAAAGACCCCCCCAGACACUAGACCCAGGCCGCACCUGGAGUCAGCCGCAGGCAACUCAGAGGAGCGGGACUCGGAGCCUCGGGAGGGCCUCGGAGGUGGGGGGCUCUAAGCGCCCUACAGCUUGCAUGGAAAGGCAACAGGGACUUCCCUUUUGCACCGUCUGCGGGUACCACUGUUCCAGCCCUGAAGGGACUAGGGGACACUGCGCUGUGGGGAAAGUCCGGGUGGCAGGAGAUGGCGGGGCUCCUGGAGGAGGUGCUGGGAUGCGCUGCUGUGGCUGCUGAGAAAGGUCCUGAGGGCGCAGCGCCCUUUCCCCGAGCUGCGAGGGAGUCCCGCGGGAAGGACCGGCAGGGUCUCUGGGAGGGAGGAACAGGGGAGCCUGGAGUCUCAGGGCUGCCGGGAGCAGAGGCGCUCUGGGUGGUGAACGUCCCCAGCCUGCCCUCCCUGCUCACUGCGGAGUCACGCGCCCGCUCUGCUCUGGGCCUCCCCUCAGCUCUGGCCUCCAGGCAGUUUCCUUUCUCAGGUAGAUUCUGUGCGACUUCAUUUAUUCAGAAUCUGGAUCAGCAAAUGAACAUUCAGGUAGGAAAGGGGUGUUUGGAAGGGUGGAGAGGUUUCCAAGCAGGCGCCCACCUGAGAGGCCCCCUGAAGGGAAACAAACAGGACUUAAAGCCAGGUCUCCUCUCUUUGAUGCAGCCAUUACUCCACCGUCAGGUAGAAUAUCUUCACCUGUUCCUCUUUUACUCACAGGAGAAAGUUCAGCCUCCUUAG